GGCAGGGCAGAACGUGAAAGUAGUAAGGUAUCAAGCAAUGCCAUAUCCGAACAGUGUCACGAUGUAUUGGAACACAUUAUCAACAAGUUAACAAUAAACGAAGAUUUGUAUGAGCUGCUUCUUAAAAAAGGUAUUAGUGCCAAUGUUUGGCUUUCUGGCAAGACGUUGACCAAAUGGAAUUGGUGUAUGGACGAAGGAACCCCAGCGGUAUAUUUCAGCUGGAACCCAAAAAAUGAAUCUUCUUUUGAACUGAGAGUUAUCGACAAUACUAGCAAGCUGAAUAGUACGAAAUAUAUAUCCGAUGAAGAUCAAUUCACUAUUCAGAAAAGUGUAUCCCAAAGUGAAGUUAUUAAAAUUAGAUCUGAGAGGUCACUGGAAACGAAAAAUAUUUACGCUUUCGUAAAUCUUGCCAAGGAGUGGAAAAGAAAGUCAUGUAGUGAACCAGUAUUAGAAGUUUAUCUGAACGAAGAUUUGCUUUUUACGAAUUCAACCAAUAUGAAUGACUUUGGAAAAGAAGAACCUCCAAAGGAAAAAAUUGAAAUUUAUAUAAAAGCAAACUCAAGUUAUUUUACUGAUCACCAAUUCAAGAUUGAAAAAAAAUAUAUUUUCGUUUCCGAACCGGCAACUUUUUUCACAGCCAGGCAAGAUUGCUCCGAAAGAGGCACCCGGCUAUUAACUAUAAAGAGUGAAGAUGAAAGUAAAGAUGUUGUGGAAGCUAUGGAAAAAGAACAACAUGAAAUUUACUGGACGUCAGGAAAUAAAAUAGCCAAUCACAAGACUUGGCGUUGGUCGGACUCGGAAAAAUUUAGUUAUCUUCAUUGGUUCACAGGAGAACCAAAUAACGACCAAGGUAAUGAAUUCUGCAUGGAAAUAUGGAAGACUGGGUAUUGGAACGACAACAUAUGUGAGACAAAACUUCCAUAUAUUUGUGAAAGUGUGGUAAUUCCAAAAGACAAUUUUCCAACUGUUGAAGUCUUUGUCGACAAAGAGCUGAUAUUCAAGAAUUACAGUAUCAAUGUAGCUCAAACACCUAGUAUAUCAGUACACAUUGGUAUGGAUGGAAACAAUAAAUCGGAUCAUUCUACGAUAGUACUCUUCCAGACUAAAUAUUUCUCGAAGGAUGUUACAGACGUCAGUGAAAAUCUCGCUAUUCCUUCAAAUUUCCAACCAGAGAACUUUAAUGGUAUCGAUUUCGUUAUUAUGAAGACAACAGAAAAAGGUUUCAGCUGUCCAAAGACCUACCUCUUCCAAAUAAAGCCUGAGUUCAAUUAUAAUGGAGCAAUGGAAUUCUGCAAUGAACGUUCAAUGCAGCUUCUUUCCAUCCAAGAUGAAAAGGAACAGAUGAAGAUCGAAGAGGAAAUGUUAAAAAGGAAUAUAGAUCAUUUUUACUGGACCUCUGGAUAUCUUGCUGACGGUAUUUGGUACUGGAAUGAAAAAGAAGAGAUGUCUUACCAAAACUGGGCUAAAGGACAACCUGAUAAUAAAAAUGGAAACGAAUCGUGCCUGGAAAUAUACAUACCAUGGAACAAAGCCAGAUGGAAUGAUCAAGAUUGCAUUGACAAAAACCCUGUAAUAUGCGAGAGUUUGGAUUAGAACAUGGAGAUGAUCAAAAUGAAUUCGUAUGAUUUAAUAUAAUCUUGAACUGUUUUUCAUUGAAUUUAUAUAAAUUGAAUCCAAAAAACUUUUCGCUUGAGAAAGAUUUUUUUUAUGUAAAUACAUACUGUUACAUUUAUUGAUUCAAGAAAUAUUGCUGAAAUUUUCGUCUGAA